CUCCUAGCUAGGCAUCUAUCUGCGAUCCGGAUCCUUGUAGCCUCCUGCUGCCAGGUCGGGUCGACGGCAAUAAUGGCGGUGAUGCCUAAGAAGGCCGCAGGCUCCGUCGCCCUGGCCAUGGCGGUAGGCCUUGCGAUGGUGUCCCUGGUCGCGGGGUCUCCAGGCCUCGCAACUUUCUACACCCCUAGCUACACACCGUCGGCGUGCUACGGGUUCGCGGACCAGGGCGUGAUGAUCGCGGCGGCGAGCGAAGCCUUCUGGAACGGCGGCGAGGCGUGCGGCCACCUGUACGCGGUCAGGUGCACGGGCGCCACCAACGCGGGCGUGCCGCAACCGUGCACCGGCCGCACCGUCACCGUCAAGAUCGUCGACCUCUGCUCCGCGGGCUGCCGCGGCACCAUCGACCUCUCGCAGGAGUCCUUCGCCAUCAUCGCCGACCCCAACGCCGGCAAGGUCCAGAUCGAGUACAGCCGGAUGAGCUGAGUUCGUCCACAGAGAAUGAACAACAAGAGCUUGAACUUGAAGCGAAUGUGCGCGAUUCCUGUCUACUGUGAUCGGUAGCUGCAUGCCGUAGGUGUGCGUGUGCGUGUGCGUGAGCGUGUGCGUGUGAGUGUGUCUUGGAAAAGUGAAAUAAAACCAGUGCUGCACCCUGCUGUUUUGGUUUGGGCCUUAACGAAGCCAUAUGAAACGCGUGUUCUGUUGCCACACGAUCCGGAACAGAGUUUGGCGAGC